AUGGCCUCACUCCCAAGCUUCUCACCGUCUACCAGAGCGCGGUCCUCUGAUACCUUGUCGCCCGCUGCAUCAACAUCGCAGCCUAACCAACUCCAUGAUAGCCAUAACCCGACAAACGAGUCCUCCAAAGAGGAUGAUGAAACUGUGGUUUUGAACAAACCCGUAGGGGAAGAAGGUGGCAAGCCCGACAGCAGAUCGAUAGUUCAGAGCGUGGAUACUAUCAGCUCUCCGUCAAACAAUAAUGACAUCGCAGAGGAGCCGCGAAAAUGCUGGAUUUGCUACACCGACGAGACUGAGGACACACCACUUAAUUCCGAAUGGCGAUCACCCUGUCCUUGCGCCUUGACGGCCCACGAGGCUUGCCUUCUCGAUUGGCUUGCCGAUCUCGAGAACCCGCGAGCGCGGAAACGCAAUGGCCCCAACGCGAAGAUGGUAUGCCCGCAGUGCAAGACCGAGAUUAUUGUGACUCGACCGCGGAGCUAUAUUGUAGAUGUUGUGAGGUUGGUUGAACGGGUAGCUGGCAGACUAGUGCUACCUGGAAUGGUGUUUACGCUCGCGGGCACUGUCUGGGCCGGGUGCUGUGCUCAUGGAGUGUAUUCAAUGUACUUUGUCUUUGGAACAGACGAGGCCAAGAAUAUAUUGGAAGAAGCUGCAGACGGUACAUGGAACUCGGGUCUCAAUUUGGGGUUGCCUCUUAUUCCGCUGGUUUUGAUAUUCUCGCGCACACGUUACGCAGAAGGCCUUCUCCCUGCGAUUCCUGUCCUGUUUUUCGCAACUCAUAAUCCUGGGCAUGAGCCGGAUAUCGAUCUUUGGCCUCCGAGCGCUGCUGUAACAUUUGCAGCUUUGCCAUACAUUAAGAGUUUCUACAGCGCUGUUUACGACCGACUUUUUGGCAAACUGGAGCGGAGAUGGAUCGCCGAGGUACAACCGCGCCAGGCAGAUAUCAAUGAAUUCGAUGACAAUGCGCCGCCGGAGCAUCCGGGGCCAGUUCCAGUCCCGGCGGACAAUGGACAAAUCCUUAUGGAGUUCGAUCUGGAAUUCCAAGUUGGUAUGAAUAAUGAUGAGGUGGAACCACAACAGAUUCUGGGAUUGGGCGAAGGAAAUGGACAGCAACAACAACAACAGGAGGAAGGACAGCAAGAGCAAAACCAAGGGGCCGGUAUCAACGGCCAAGCUUUGGGACUUGGGCAACGAGACGUGAAUCUCGUCCAUGAAACAAGCAGUCUUGCGGACAUUGUUUUGGGAGCUCUUGCCUUUCCUGCUAUUUCUGCGACCAUGGGCGGGCUUCUCAAGUAUGUGUUACCAAAGUCGUGGACGACAGUAUCCGUACUUGAACGUGGGAGGCCCGGUCUGCUUCAGACAAGAUGGGGUCGGAGUGUGAUUGGGGGCUGCGUUUUUGUGCUUUUCAAAGAUGCUUUGGUGUUGUAUUGCCGCUGGAAGUUGGCGCAGACUCAUCGGCGACGCAAGGUGCUCAAUUAUGACCGGGCGAAAAAACAAGUGGCUAGAUAA